CAGAGUAGACGAACCUUUCUUUUCAAAUAGCGCGACUCAACGAUGACUUGUACAACCACAACACAAUCAGAUGGGGGAGGGUCAUGACUCUUCCCACCCAUCAUCGCCGAACAAUUACCAUUCGGUCUCGAUUCGACGUUGAACUGCAAUACGAACAAAAUGAAGACCCCAACGGGAACCGGCGUUCUCGCGAUCCUCCGAGCAAAGUGUCUACCCAAGUCUCCUUUUCGACGUCAUCACUAUCCGCACGAGCUUCGUCGACGAGUAAUAGCGAGUAGCAACGAGUGGUGGCGGCUCGAGUCGUCGUCGAGAGUGCUGUCCCCCUUCCACGCGCGUGCCGUUAGCGCGCUUCAGUAUGCAGCAGAACGUCACGCGAGGUAGGUGCAACGUCGUUUGUUGUUCGUCGGCGCGGGAGUGAGCUCUGAGAGCACGCGAUUACUAUGAUCGCACAUGAGACCUCGUGAUAUCUCUUUUUUUCUCUCUCUCUCUCUCUCUCUCUCUUUCUUUCUCUCUGUCUCUCCUCUCUCUCUCUCACUGUACCGUCGCAUCGGGGAAAUUAUGUCGACGCGAAAUGAGUGAUUCGACAACGACGCUACUGGUGCUGCAGUUCCUCGCUGCGUUCCUCGCCUGUCUCGCGGAUUACAGCCGGGCGCAGGAUGAAGAAACGCUAGUGGAAUGCGUCGAGUCCGAGACUGGAUGCAGGCGAUGCAGAGACGGGACGUGCGCGAGAUGCGCGGUGCUGCUGCAUCAGGGCACCUGCGUGCAUACCUGCCCACCGGGCUUCGUCGCCGACUGGUCGACCCGGGAUGAGUACAUGGGCCGCAUCUGCCGAGAGACCGGCUACAUGUUCGGUCUCACCGGUAGCCAGGUCGCGAUCCUAGUGGGGGUGGUCUCCGGCGCCACGAUCUGCAUCUUCAUCAUCGUGUGCGGCGCGAUAGUCGUGCAUCGGAGGAAGAAAAGGGCGGCCAAGCUGGUGCAGCAAUACGAGGAUAGCGCGGAGAGGAGGGAAUUCCUGAAGCACCUAGCGACCCUCAGAGGAGAGGCUAACACCUUCCUCGCGAUGCUCAACGAUACCAGGCGACAAGUUAGAGAAUUGUAUUACUCAGGUAGUAACGGGGACGGCGCCGUCGGCAUCCAAGCGUACAGGCCAGUGCUACGCGACCUGGCGAGGAUAUUGGUCCUGGUGAACAGAAGAGACGACGAGAUACCGCUUCCACCCGACGACUGGCAACGAUUGUUCUCAUGGGCAGAGCGGCUGCUGAGGAGAUACAAAAGGCACAGUUCUCCCGAAGUGGCUCAGCUCGUGACGUUUCUGCAGCAGCCGACGAGCCCCGUCCAAAUGAUGCAACCACCGCAGCAGCCCGCGGUCGCGACGUCGCAAACACCCCAGCCGUACGAACCGAGGACCACCCCCACUAAUCUCACGACAUUCCAAGCGAACGUGCCGCUCGCCACGUUUCAGGCGAGUGAUAAGUCGAGUAUCAGCCCGGCGAGCUCGAGCCUCGGCUACGCGAAGGACAGUCCUAUCAGCUCGAGCUUAGGUCAGAACAGUUCAGUGCUGUACAACCACGAGAAGCUUAGUCCAAACGGCUCCGAGAGAAUCGGCCAGACGACGCCCUUGGUCUACGCCGGGAGCCAGAAGCGGGCGCCGAAGAGCCCCAGCAAUUCGCGUCUCCAAGAGUUGACGAUUACUGCGUUCAGUCACAACUACAACAUCGGUGGCGCACAACUGCCGGAAUCCGCCGGAACCACCAAUCGCGGUAGCAGCGGUUUGCACGAAGAGUGCAACGACGGUCUGGAUCGCGACCUGAACCCCCAGUGGGAGUUCCAGAGCACGAUGGAAGCGGCCAAUUACACCAUCCUUUCGGACUGGUCACCCGCACGUGAUUACCUCAUCGACGACUUCACGAUCCUCGGCUUCCGGCCGCAGGAUGAGAUCACCACGGAACUGUAACGGAACUGUCCCGCGCACAACGACUGAUUACGAACAUAUCCAAAUGUAAGACUCGUCGAGAGCGAGAGAGGGAGAGAAUUAUGAAUGCUCAUGUGUCCCAAAGUACCGCCGUUUAAGACAAUCGGUCUCUCGUACCUCUUGCAAUUCUCAACAAUCUUCUUCCAUAAUCUCGCGAUAAUCGCUAAGGAAAAAAUACUCAUAUGCAAAUCUGUCGUUUGUUAAAACUAUAGGCUAGCUCGAGCUCUCUAUCGAUUCUUCUUUUCUCGUUUUUUUCUUUUUUUGAUAAUUUUUAUGCGAGACAUCGAAUAUGAACGAUGUACUGUAUUUCGAUAGAAUCUCAUGAAAUUCUUACGGAAAUGUCCUCUCCGCCCCGAGAGCACUCCAGACCUCUAGCCUGCUAGCGUCGUUUCACGAAUGACACCUUCGGUUUGAACGUAUUCGAGAGUACAUUGCGUAAUAGAUACAAAAGGAAAAUAUCACGAUGAUACCAAAUAAUUGUAAGAACUUUGUAUAAAUAUUGGUUUUUAUUUAACUCCUACAUUGUAUAUCGUUAAUGACAUUUACUGCGUGUAUUAUAGUGUACUAGUCAACGUUUCCGUUUGUUCACAUCCAAAUGUCAAAGCGCAUCAAUGCGAUUUCCGUAUUCGCUUUUUUCGCAUGUAACUUAUUCAAAUUCAAUUUACUUUUCAAACGAAUUCACUAUCGUCACCGGAAAAUCGUGUUAUUCUGCGGUGCGUCACGAGCUGUAACACUCAAUAGACUCACUCACCGCGUUUUAAAACUCACAUUCCAUUCGCGAUGCCGUGGCAACGUGAAUUUAACAGCAAAAUGCAAAAAAGAAAAAAAUUGCGGAUUUUAUUUUAUUUAUACAAAUGCAUAUACCAACACAUUCGAAUUGGACGUGUCAUUAUACAUACGUGUGAUCAAGGCGGUCACUUGUACAAAUUGAUGUAAAUACUAAUUAAUAUUUUAGUAAUAAAUGUAAGAAGAUAUCGAAUAUAA